CGCCUGCGCCAGCUCCUUCAUUUCCUCCUCUUCCACUCCGUCUCGUGUUGCCGCGACCACCGCGGCGGUGUCUGCCCCGCAACUUUCCAAGAAAGUUCAGAAACUCGGCUCCAGGGCGGCCGAGUCGCGCGCAGCAGCCACCUCAGGGAGCGGCCCGGGAGCUCCGAGGGCGCGCGACCGCCUGGGCUUCGCGGUAGCUGUACCUGCCAGGUCCGCUGCCGCCGCUGCCGCCUGGUGCCAGGCUGUGGGCAGACCCAAGCGGCGGCGGCAGCGGCAGCGGCGGCGGCGUCGGGGUCACCUCCCGCCGCCUGCGUCUUCGUCUGAGUCCCCUGCGCCGCCACCGCCGCCCCCACGUGCGCGGUCGUUUCUGGAGCGCAAGCUCCGUUCUUUCUCAACAAUUUUUUGUAACUUUCCGGAACCCUCUCUCUUCCUUUCUCCCCUUCUCCCCAUCCCUGCUUUAUGAAUAAGGAAAACAAAAAGUGUCAAAAGUGUCCACCGAUUGCCACCCCCCGCUUAUCCUUCCUUCCCUUCCCGCCCCACUUUUUUUGUUUUUUUAAAGCCGCGACAACAUUGUUUCGUGUUUAUUUUGUUUUACGAUCGAUAGCUUCCUUUGCUUGGUCGGGGCGGCUGCUGAGCGGCGAAGUGGCGUGGACCUCAUGUAGAAAUGACAACAAUGGAAGGGGCCAGCGGGUCGAGUUUUGGAAUAGACACGAUUUUGUCCAGUGCCAGUUCGGGCAGCCCCGGCAUGAUGAAUGGAGAUUUCCGCCCGCUCGGCGAGGCCAGGACCGCGGAUUUUAGGAGUCAGGCCACUCCGUCCCCCUGUUCGGAGAUUGAUACCGUAGGAACGGCGCCUUCUUCUCCCAUCUCGGUCACCAUGGAGCCCCCGGAGCCGCAUCUGGUGGCAGAAGGGCCCCAGCAUCACCACCACCUCCACCACAGCCAACAGCCACCGCCGGCCGCGGCAGCCCCCACGCAAAGUUUGCAGCCUUCUCCCCAACAGCAGCCGCCGCCGCCGCCGCAGCAACCACCCGCCCAGCAGCUGGGCUCGGCCGCCUCGGCCCCCAGGACUUCCACAUCUUCGUUUUUAAUUAAGGACAUCUUGGGCGACAGCAAACCUCUGGCGGCGUGUGCACCCUACAGCACCAGCGUGUCCUCUCCCCACCACACCCCGAAGCAGGAGAGCAACGCAGCACACGAGAGCUUCAGGCCAAAGCUCGAGCAGGAGGACAGCAAAACCAAACUCGACAAGCGGGAAGAUUCCCAGAGCGACAUCAAAUGCCACGGAACAAAGGAGGAAGGAGACCGGGAGAUUACGAGUAGCCGAGAGAGUCCCCCAGUGAGAGCCAAAAAGCCUCGCAAAGCCAGAACAGCUUUCUCUGACCACCAACUCAAUCAACUGGAGCGUAGCUUUGAGCGGCAGAAGUAUCUGAGUGUGCAGGACCGCAUGGACCUGGCAGCUGCACUCAACCUCACGGACACCCAAGUCAAGACCUGGUACCAAAACCGCAGGACCAAGUGGAAGCGGCAGACCGCGGUGGGCCUGGAGCUGCUGGCCGAGGCGGGGAACUACUCGGCACUGCAGAGGAUGUUUCCAUCGCCUUAUUUCUACCACCCAAGCCUGCUGGGCAGCAUGGACAGCACUACGGCCGCCGCGGCUGCCGCAGCCAUGUACAGCAGCAUGUACCGGACUCCUCCCGCGCCCCAUCCCCAGCUGCAGCGGCCCCUGGUGCCCCGCGUGCUCAUCCACGGCCUGGGGCCUGGGGGACAGCCGGCCCUCAAUCCCUUGUCCAACCCCAUCCCAGGCACCCCGCACCCUCGGUGAAGAAUGAACGACUGACAGCGCUGCAGUCCCUUCCCGUCCCGUCCCCUCCCCGACUGACCGGACAGCUCCCCCUCCUCUCCCCGCACGAGGCCGCAGGGCCUCUCUCGGGAGUGACCCCGGGAAGCGGAGAAGUAAGAGAAGAAGCCGCUCACCAAUGGGAGGGGGGGCCCCCAAAGAGGAACCAGCCCUCAGCUCUCUAGCUCCCCACCCCCAGAAACAGGGCUGGAAAGCGCCCCACAGCAGUGUGACUGGCGAAAACGCUGACCCCAUUCAAAGUGCGACCAGUAAGUGAAAGCAUCAACAAAAACAGACCUCAAGCUCUUUUUAAAAAUGAC